ACCAAACUGAUUCCCAUGGAAACAUCUUCAUCCUCUGAUGACAGUUGUGACAGUUUUGGUUCUGAUAAUUUUGCAAACACAAAACGUAAGCUUAGGUCGAGUAUUAGAGAACUGGCAAAAGUUUUUCAUGAAGCCUCUGAGAAUGAAUCCUGUGGCUUUUCAGAAAAUGAGGUUCAAGAUGCACUGAAAUUGGAGUCUGAUACAGAGGAGAAUCGUACGCCUGCUGAAAGUGGGGCAGCUCGGAGAAGGCAGAAAAACUCUUUUCCUCUAAAAGUGGCCAUGAAGUUUUCACCUCGAAGAUCACAGAGGAGGAGGAAGGCUGAGGUGGAAUCUCCUCCUGAAACGCUGAUGCCUGCUCUAGAUUCAGACUCUGACACUGAAGAGAAGGGUGCUAUGUUUUUAGAAAAAAGAGCUUUAAACAUAAAGGAAAACAAAGCAAUGCUUGCAAAACUAAUGGCUGAUCUGCAAAAUGUUUCUGGUAUCUUUGGUGAGAAGAAAUCAUCGCCAGCUGUCAGUCAUGGACCAAAGCAACUUCCAAGGCGUUCACUGCCCAGACAUGCUUUGAGGAGGAACCCAGACCGAAGUUCUCGGCCUCACACAAGGUCCAGGUCCUUGAUUGAAGGUCCUCCUACUCCUUUACCAGAAGAGGAAGAUGAUGACCGAUACAUCUUAGUGAGAAGGAGGAAGAUGUCUGAUGAACACCUGGAGCAUGAAGCCCGAACUCCCAGGAGGGGUCACCGUGGUGCCAUAGCUUUUCCACACAUCGUGCGCCCAGUUGAGGACAUAACAAUGGAAGAGCUGAAUAAUAUUUGUGGCUCUGCAAGAGAAAAAGUAUAUAACAGGGCUAUGGGAUCCACCUGUCAUCAGUGUCGCCAAAAAACCAUAGACACCAAGACAAACUGUCGUAACCCUGAUUGUAUAGGAGUGCGGGGCCAGUUCUGUGGGCCCUGCCUCCGCAACAGAUAUGGGGAAGAUGUCAGAACAGCCUUGCUGGAUCCGACAUGGAGGUGCCCACCAUGUCGUGGAAUCUGCAACUGUAGCUUCUGCAGACAACGAGAUGGCCGAUGUGCUACAGGUGUCCUGGUCCAUCUGGCCAAGUACCAUGGCUUUGACAAUGUCCAUGCCUACUUAAAAAGUCUGAAACAAGAACUUGGAAUGGAAGACUGAAGCUCUGACUGCCUUUAAAUUACAUACUCUUUCACCAAUGUCAUGUUAUUGCCUACACAGUGAAGUGUUUAAACAAAUGAGAUUACAAAGUGCCUUCCGUCCUUCCCUCCCCUUUUGGAUAAAAGAGGAUAAAGAACUUGCAUUUAUUUC